AUGGCAACACCACAACCUCCACCUCCAAAACCAAAGAAGGCUGCACCAAGUCUUUCCAAUUUAAAUUUAAAUAAUUCAGGUGCAAAUAGCAGUAGUGGAAGAAUAUUACCACCACCUCCAACAUCGACUGCACCAGUUCCUCUGUCGAGUACAGCAACAGUAACAGCAGCAGCACCAGUGGUAACAACUACCAAUCAUAAUCAUAACCAUAAUCAUAAUCAAGCAGCACACAUUCCACCGAUUCCACCAAGAUCGCCAGAUAUUUCACCUAAUCAAGCAGCUCCACUACACCACUUGAGUCAUUUACAUCAGCCUCAAAUACCACCAAGAUCACCAGAUACUCGUUCACCUGAAUUACACUCUCAACAACCAACAACAACAACAACAGCCUCUCCCUCACACACCACUCAUACACCUCCACUUCCACCACGUCCACACAACUCAAGUAGUAGUAAUUUAAAUAUUCACAAUAAUCAACAACAACAACAACAGAAUCAUAAUCAUAAUCAACUUCAUCCAAAUUCACCAAAUUCUCACCACUCACCAAUUUCAAAUAGUCAUCAACAUCAACAACAACAACAACAAGGAGGAUCAUCAUCAACAAUUGUUAAAUCAAAUAGUAAUAGUGAUUUCCUUUCACAAGUACCACGUCCAAAUACAAUGUCAAAUCCAAAGUCAGCGACACUACAACCACAUAGCAACAACAGCAACAGCAAUAACAGCAGUAAUAGCAACACAACCAAUCAAUCAAAUGUACAAAACAAACAUCAAACCUAUCGAAAACCACUACCAGAUACACCAGCCGACAUUUCCAGGUUGUCUUUGAAAACACAGGCAACAGCACCGGCACACCAACUCCCACCUAAAUCAGGAUCGACUCUCUCACUUGUCAACCAUCAAACACCGACAAGACAAGCACCACCCAUGCCACCAACAACUCUACAAUCACAAAAAUCAACACCCAACUUAUCAACAACAGCAUCACAUCAACAACAACAACAACAACAACAAUCACAAGGAUCACAACAAGCGAAUAUCAGUAUUACAGCAGCUGAACCACGUGAUUCAAUUAGUGUAACAUUGAUCCCUAAUGAAUCGAACGUUCAAGAGCAAUUUGUUCAUCCAUCGCUUGAGCAUCUCGCCGCAUUCACAGCGCUGCGUGACCUCAAGGCCAAAGAGAUUCUGACGACAGAACGUACCUACUGUGAUAACAUGAAGAUCUUGGUCGAGGUGUUUAUCGAUCCACUGAAAGCAGGUGAGGGUGGUAUCUCCAAGGACAGCGCAACCAUUCUCUGUUCGAAUCUCUCUGAUAUUCUUUUGGUAUCGAUCGAACUACUCAACAGACUGGAGGCUAAACUUGCAGAAUGGUCAAACACUCAGCGUAUCGGUGAUGUAUUCCUCACACUCAUUCCAUUCCUAAAGAUGUAUACAAACUACACCGUUGGUUACGAUAACGUAAUGAACAUUGUAACUGAAUGUGAAAAGAAUUCUUCAUUCAGUCAAUUUAUUCAGAGAUGUACAGAAGAUCCAAGAACAAGAAAGUUAGAUUUAAGAUCAUAUUUAAUUCAACCUGUUCAACGUAUUACAAGAUAUCAUAUGUUGUUGGAUGAAGUGUUGAAACAUACUGAACCAGAUCAUCCAGACUAUACAGAUCUAGCCAAAUCAUUGGCCGAAAUGAAAAAGGUUACAUCUGAAGCGAACGAAGCUAUCAAACGUAGUGAAAACAGAGCAAAAGUAUUGGCAAUUCAAAGCAUGUUUGUUGGUGAUGCUGAUAUUGUCGCUGCACAUAGAUCAUAUGUAUUCGAAGGUAUACUAACAAAAGUAUGUAGAAAAGCAUGUAAGAAGAGACAUGUGUUUUUGUUCUCCGAUAUGUUGAUAUACGGAUCGUCGAUACCACCAAAGUUAUUGUUGCACGAGAAGAUCAUGCUGGAACACUGUAGAAUCGAAGAUAUUCCCGAUGGCGACAGUGGUGGAAGUCGUGCGCUCUCUCUCAACAACGGUGCCAUCAUUGUCAAUGCAUUCCAAAUCUGCAGUGCCAAGAAAUCGUUUGUCGUUUUCGCCGAUAACGCCGAUAUGAAGAUGCAAUGGAUGCUCAAGCUAACGGAGACCAUCGAGUCGCUGCAAUCGAAGCGUUCCACCUUGAAAUCAGAGACCGGUGGUGCACGUGCCGAAGCACCUGUUUGGGUACCGGACGAAACAACCACCGAAUGUAGAUUCUGUACAGAAGGAUUUACAUUAUUAAAUAGAAGACAUCACUGCAGAAACUGUGGAGAAUUGGUUUGUGGUAAAUGUUCAGAUAAGAAGUUCAGGUUGCCAGUAACCGAUUUCAAGCCAGCAAGAGUUUGUAUUAUUUGUUAUGAUAAACUGACUGCCAAUCCACCUGUUGCUGCUGCUGCUGCUGCCAAAUAA